AUGAAUGAAGUUGCUGAAACUCACCACCCUCGGAUACAGAAACCACCCCCAGAAGGUCAAAUUUUGAAACUAGACAAACCACUCAAUGACAAAGAAGAGUCGGAAACCGCCAAGAACACCAGACUCAAUGCAUCACUAUAUCACACAUCGGAUGAAUCUAUUCAGCAAUACAGACAACAAAAUAACUCAACUGACUUGCUAGGACGAUUGUAUUACGACGACUACGAUUCAAAUAGUAAUCUUCUAUCACCAGAGCUUUUAUCACCGGCGAGCUCUGUACCUCAUACACCAUUAAUUUCACCUAUCCCUACAGUUGCAGUCGACACAGUAGCCGAUGGCAAUGAAUUUGAUUUUGGGACAUCACCCACUCCCAGGAGUGCCAUAUUAAAUUCCCAUUUGAACUCGUCAUCAUCAACCUCAUUAUCUUCAUUGCCUAAAUCAGCAAUGAGUAAAGCCAAUAGACCGAAUUUAUCAAGAGGUGUAUCUUUCGACACCGGUGAAGAAGGACCCAAGAAGUCAUAUACUGUCAAGAUCAAACACCCCGAGUACAAGUUUAGAAGAAACAACAAGACAUGGCUUGUGGGUUACAAUAAUGACGCUGAAUCAACAAAAGCCAUUGAAUGGUUAUUUGAUGAAAUGGUGAUUCAUGGUGACACCAUAGUCAUUUUGCAAGUAUUGGAUGAGAAAAAGUAUGUCACGAUAGACAAAUUGAAAGCAAAUGCCAACAUUACUCAAUUUGAACAACUCAAUGUUCAUUUUAAAAAAGUAUCAAUGAUUUUCGAAGUUGUUAUUGGGAAACCCCUCAAGACAUUGAAAUUGGCCAUUGCUGAGUAUGCGCCAUCGAUGAUGGUUAUUGGAACCCAUCAUUAUGUUGAACAAGAUGACAAGCAUCAUCAUCGUCAUCGAGGGUUUUUGAGUAAGUCGUCAUUAUCAAAACAUUUUCUAGAAUGUGCCUUGGUUCCUGUGAUUAUUGUUAAACCGACAUACAACUAUAUUGAGAACUUGCCACAACCAAUUGAUUCAGAGCAGUAUUUUGUCAAUUGGCUUAAACGGGCGUCAGAAGCACCUGAUACAAACGACGACCAACAACAGCAUCAACAAGGCUCUUCUUCACUGAGUCUGUUGCAUCGUAAAGUGAAUUCAUUUCUCAGUCCAACAAGCUCAAGAAAUUCAUCGUAUACUAAUUUGGUUGCUGAAGAAAGAGGAAGAAGUGGUAAUCAAUCGUUGAAUCCAGUUCUGAGAUUGACUAAUGAGAGUCGAUCAAGAUCUACUUCUCGUACUCGGUCUGCUUUUUCCAAGUUUUUCCGAAAACACGAUGAUUAA